AUGGUUUCGAUCGGGUCACUACCAACCACAAAGCAACGCUUUCAGGCCCGGUAUCCGGUGAAUACCUUCAAGCUGGUGAACGAGCCGGGCGUGGACGGGCCAUGUGAGCGAAGACAGUUGUGGUGUAACUGGGCCAAGACGUAUGUCACCGACGACGACGAUGUCAGCCUCAAAAAGCCAUCGAGCGUCAUCAUGGUCAGACCGAGGCUUCAGUGU